AUGUCUAUCACAGCAAACUCUCAAGAUCCGACUCUGUUUUUGGAGGGCCAAUCUGGUUGGUGGCCUUCAGACCGUACUGCCAGAGCUCGACUAAAGGCAUUCUUUUCUCGUUCCAAGUCAGAGAACAAAAUACCUAAGCGUCGUGACCACGACCACGCAGACACGCACCCUAUUCUGCCUUCGGCUGAGUGGUCAUCGAGUACCAAAACCUCCACAGCACGAAGUCGUAGCACCACGUGGUCAACUCGAAAUCUGCUGUCUACUCAACGCGGUGUAGAGCAGACUCGAUCGCGAAACCUCAAUUCAUUGGAUCCUCCGCCCUUGAUACAAGCUUACUCACAGGCCAAACUACAGGAAGUCUUGGAUGUCCCCUCCAGCCUGACUAAUCUUCUGACACGCAGUACACGUCGUCGAAGAAACAGCAUCUCUGGUGAAUCUCCAUCGAGACCUAGCCUUGAGAACAAUGUUUCAUUGAUCCUCGAGGCAAAGGACUCGGUGGGUAAGCAUAAACGGAACUGGUCUGGUAGCAGCUCCCUCACAAAGAAGCUGUUCAUCCUAGCUACGUCGGGCCACGUACUGCAGUACGGCGCAGAUGGCCUCAAUAACCGGCUUCCUGAACAGAUCUUGGAGCUGGGACCACAGUCAGUAGCCUUUGCAAGUGACGCCCUCCCAGGCAAGCACUGGGUACUCCAAAUCUCCCAGGAUCAUGCAGGCGGGAGAGCAACCUCCCACGCAUCGAAGAACUCUUGGACAAAACUAUCAUUUCGACAUUCUGAGCAUAAGCGACUUGUGCAAGAUUUUCUGUUGAUCUUCGACGACGCUCUUACUCUUGGCAUCUGGCUGACUGCCAUUCGGAGAGAGAUUGAGCUACUUGGAGGACUCGAAUAUCGCCCUGAUUCGAGGGAGGAUGAAUUUAAGCCUAUCUCUCGUCCUGUCUUGAAAGCUCAAAAGAGUCUUCCAAAUAUCUCGCGCCUAUCCCUACAUCUUCCAACGGAGAGUUUUCUCAAAGGGUUUACGUCAUCUUCUUCAAAGCUCCUUCCACCAAUCCCUCAGUGGGCUCCUUCCAGCAGAAACGUCUCAGGAUCUACCACAGACUCCUCCAUUCACACUGAUAAUGAACUUGAUGAUCUCAGAGAUUCCUCUUUUUCAGAUGACCAAUCAACUUACACUACCACCACAAGUGUUGCAGGAUCCAUUGCUUCCAGGUCCCCUGCCUUUGAGUCGUUCUCCAUUAGCAGUAACAGCUAUCGUGAGCCCCUGACUCCGGCCAGUACAAUCUCCCGUCUAUCCACUCCCACUCAGCAUGAUAUUGGAGAACUCUCAAUGUACAUGGAAACUCCGCGCAAGAGUGAUUCCUUGGUCCCGAAGCCUUUACAACCACACGCGCGACCAGAUGCCGCUCAACACCAGAGACUAACAUCCAUGGGUGGGCAUGGAGUUAUUGACCACUCAUUGUUCGUUCAACCAACGGUAUAUUCAACAUAUCAAACAAGGCCGAUCUCUACAAUCGCUCCUCUGCCACCACCAGGCCAUCUGAGGAAGACUUCGGUCCGUCAUAGAUGUGAGACUCAACCAGUUCCGACUCAACAAAACACCCCAGCAUCGUCACGGCCAACGAGUAUGAGGAGUAGGAGUUCCUCAAGCGUGUCCCAGUGUUCACCUACGGAUGUCCAGUUCAAGAGGACACCACGUUAUAGCUUGUUUCCGCGGAGAGACUCGUCUGUGGGACAGGGAUCAGCCAUAUCCCCCAACGACAUUAUUCUUCCUAGAAAUAUCAGACUUGGAAGCGGCUUCGAGGAAGUUCACAGUCCCGUUAGCACAACAACCUCUUCGAGUGACCAUUUGGAGAAUAGCAUGUCUCCUACUUUCGAGGAAAAUGCCUUAACUCAGAGGCAACCCUCGUUGUCCAAAUCGUGCUACAAAGGCCACAGGAUCGCAAGUCCAGUCAAUGCCAUUACUGAAGAACCAAACCAGCCACAACGAUCACCACUUGUCACCGAAAGACAUCUCCAAACUUGUUUUGGCACCAAUAAACACAUAUCGCAGUGUCAACAAAUUACUCCAUACACAACCAACGAGUCCUCCAUCGAGACAACUCUCGUGGAAAUUCCCCAAACUAUCUCUAGAGCCCCAAGCGAAGUGAGGCUAAGUAAUCCUCCGCGUAAGAAUCGGCACGUCAAGGCGCAGAAAAGUAUGCCGUCCAUCGCCCCUGGCGCCAUACCUCCUUCAGGACCACCUCCAAGUGGUCCUCUACCAGAAUUGCCAUACGGAGCUAUUGCUCAUCAUAAGUCAAAGUCGUCGGUCAAGGUCAACACCAGAGCGGCCUCUAUAUCCACAUCUUCCUCCACAAUCAGCCUCCAGUACAAGCACACCCACGCCGAAUCAUCACCUUCCUCCCUUUCAACCACCAAGAUCGCGCUGGCACCCGCUGCGCCAAGAACCACCUCCUCUGGAACGGCACACUCCAAGAACUCUUCAAUUUCCUCCGCGGGUUCGGUGGACUCUGUGCGUGACGUUACCGCAUGGCUGUCUUCGCCACGUAUCGCCGCAUUCACAGCGAAGCACGACACCAACUCAGCACCUCGCCUGGACGUCGCCCUCCCCGAGUCCUCGACAUUCGGCUCCAGCUUUGGAGACUUGAUGCCGCGAAGAUAG